CUCUCGCUGUGUCUCGCUUACACGUCGCAGCGACGGACGUAUCAGAUGUUACUGUACCGACGUUCGGGUCGGCCGCCGAUAAACAUUCCCGCCGACGAAAUUUGCGACGCAAAUCGCGUACGUCGCCGAUAAGACGACCGAUCUCGCCCUGGUCGCUACUCGACGAACGGCAAUGAGGCGGGCGCAGCAGCUACGGGCACACGUCUGGGCGAUGACAAUCGACUUCAUCGCUGUGGAGAUGGCGGCCGCAUAUUCCAUAGGAAACGAUUACGGCGAGUCGGUCAUCAAACAACGCAACGAGACUAAGGCCGCGCCACUGACAACAAUGAGGACAACUACGUCACCGGCUAGCAUGACCGACUCGCGCGGCUGGGUUGGCAUGGCAUCGGCCACGUUCUUCGGCUGCAUGGUCAUCGCUGCGCUACUCAUAAUCACGCUACAGUUUCUAGCGAAAACCUACGGAAAAUACAGAAGCAUCGAGACGUUUUGUGACGCCGUGCAGCAUCAGCGUGACAAUACGACCAUGAUGUGGGGCAAGCUUAGAAAUGACGGUAAAGCCGAUAACAGAAACAAAUUAGCGAAGAAGGCGUCCAAGGACGCUCUAGACGCAGCACCGCAGCAGCCGCCUAACGCGCACCCUACCGGCGCGCGAGAGAAAGACACGCACCCACAGAGGCGGCACAGCUCAAAUGUGUCGACCAAGAGCCAGCAGGUGCAGAGUCCGGCGUCAUCGCCGCGCGCAUGCGCCGGAAACGUCGCCGCCGGUCAAACGCAGCGCCCGUUGUCCAACGGUACGAAGCCAGACACUGGUCAGCGGGCGCAAGCACGAGCGGAACGAAACGGGACCGUGGUUCCCAACGGAAAAGCGGCGGGUAAAGCCGUCGCUCUAACGACAGCCAGAGGACAUCCGGCCUUCAAGAAUGUCGUCACGGGUGACAUCAUGGUGCACGAGCCCGUGUGCGCGGGCGCGGCCGGCCGCGUGAGGCAGGAACACGAGGCACAUGCGCAGCUGGUGACGGCCGACGAGGACAACAAGCGACCGAUACGAGUCAUAGUGGUGUCCAAAUGCUACACGACCAAACUAUAAUAUAGAGCCUCGCUCCCCCAACCCAGCAGGACAGUUACUACAGCGACUGCCGAGCUACGGUUAUCGAGGAUAUGCCCCCGAUACGUCGAGGACAGCUUUCACUGUUGUCAUUACGCUCACUAUUCCUCUCUUUCCGUGUCCGCGUGCUUGGCUACUACCAUUAAGGAGAGAGCAAGAGGCUUUUUUAAGGUGCGUCUUAUGUACGUGCCUGACUAUACUAUAGGUGGUUAAGAUUCAGUGCCUUAAUCUAAGAGAUCAUGGAAUAUAAUA